AUGUCGAUUUCUUCAUCAAACACUGAAGAAAAGAAGUGUCGGCACUGCAAUGCUGAGAUGGUGAAGCUAAUUUCCAAAUCCGAAAGGAAUCUGGGCAGACUGUAUUGGAAGUGCUUCACAACAUAUGGAGCUACAAGAUGUAGUGGCUAUGAAUGGGUGACAGCAGCCAACACCCCAAAUGAAUCUGACAUUCAAAACUAG